AGUCAACAACCCAUUCCGUACGCCAACAAACUCCUUCAGUAACCCACCCACUCCAAAACUCUCUAUUUAACAACAACCGCUUUUCAGGGGUAAACAGACUAACAGAGCACCAAGCCACCAGCAAUGGCGUCCCUGAGCUGCUCCGCCGAUCACCUGGCUCCGCUUCUCGGAUCCAACGCCACGAACGCCGCCGCAGCCGCCGCCUACAUAUGCCGCCAGUUCUCCGACGUCUCCGACGCCUUCGUCAACACGGGAUUCGCCAUCGACUCAACCUAUCUCCUCUUCUCCGCUUACCUUGUCUUCUCGAUGCAGCUCGGGUUCGCCAUGCUCUGCGCCGGAUCUGUUCGCGCCAAGAACACGAUGAACAUCAUGCUCACCAACGUCCUCGAUGCCGCCGCCGGCGGCCUCUUCUAUUACCUAUUCGGCUUCGCCUUUGCGUUCGGAACCGGCGACAGUUCUAACGGAUUCAUCGGCCGCUACUUCUUCGGCCUGAAAAGCAUCCCUGACGCCGGCGCGGGGAUGGAUUACAGUAAUUUCCUCUACCAGUGGGCGUUCGCCAUCGCCGCCGCCGGGAUCACCAGCGGCUCCAUAGCCGAGCGGACUCAAUUUGUGGCUUAUCUGAUCUACUCUGCUUUUCUCACCGGCUUCGUUUACCCGGUCGUCUCCCAUUGGUUCUGGUCCGUUGACGGGUGGGCCAGCCCGACUAAGAAAUCGGAUCUCCUAUUCGGAUCCGGAGUCAUCGACUUCGCCGGAUCUGGAGUUGUUCACAUGGUGGGCGGAAUUGCCGGAUUGUACGGCGCCCUAAUCGAAGGCCCUAGAAUCGGCCGGUUCGACCGGUCCGGUCGGUCCGUUGCUUUGCGCGGACAUAGCGCGACGUUGGUGGUUCUCGGCACGUUUCUGUUAUGGUUCGGGUGGUACGGGUUCAAUCCCGGGUCGUUCAACAAGAUCCUGGUGGCUUAUCCCGGCGGCGGAUUCUACGGCCAAUGGAGCGCCGUGGGACGCACCGCCGUGACCACGACGCUGGCGGGGUGCACCGCCGCGCUCACGACGCUGUUCGUGAAGCGAAUUCUGACGGGGCACUGGAACGUCACCGACGUGUGCAACGGGCUACUGGGCGGCUUCGCGGCGAUCACAGGCGGGUGCUCCGUCGUGGAUCCGUGGGCGGCGAUCAUCUGCGGCUUCGUGGCGGCGCUGGUGCUCAUCGGGCUCAACAAGCUGGCGGAGAUAGCCCGAUACGACGACCCGCUGGAGGCGGCGCAGCUACACGGCGGAUGCGGGGCCUGGGGGAUCAUCUUCACCGCGUUAUUCGCGAAGAAGAAGUACGUGAACGAGGUUUACGGCGGAGAUCCUGGCCGGCCGCACGGGUUGUUCAUGGGCGGCGGCGGGAAGCUUCUCGGGGCACAUUUGAUCCAGAUUCUGGUCAUAUUCGGGUGGGUCAGUGUCACAAUGGGCCCUCUUUUCUACGUUCUGCACAGGCUGAAACUGCUCCGGAUCUCGGAGGAAGAUGAAAUGGCGGGUAUGGAUCUGACCCGACACGGCGGGUUUGCUUAUGUGUACCAUGAUGACGAUGAUGACCUCAGAAGUGGGACCCAAAUGAGGAAAAUUGAACCUACACAGAAUUUCUAGAUGAUAGUUGAAGAAAUUCGCAUUCAUAUUUCUCUUUUUUUUUUUUAACAUUUUCUUUUUUCUCUUAAAAAAACAGUUUGUUUUCG